GUGCGUCGAUCUGUGCUUACGCACAGUUUUAUGCAUCUGGAUUUUCUUUCUUCUGGAGUUUUGUACGUACGUCAUGUUUUAGUGUGAAUUCUACGCACGUCGUUAUACAUGAGGCCGCAGGUCAUCAAAAGAAAAAUAAUCGCAAAUCGUAGUAAUAUUUUUCAGACAUCUUUUGGUUUCUGUAUUAACUUCAGUCAAAGAGGAAUUUCAUUCGCAAUUACAUAUACACUUUUACCUGCAGAUUUUGUGGCUGUCAAGGACAUGACUAUAUCUAUUAAGCUUCAAAUCAUUCUCUUGUAAUAUUUCAAGUGCUUAUCUUUUGUCGUUUAUAAUAAAAAGCCGAAACCUGGUAAUAGCAAUGGCUGAAUUUAACUGGCAAAACAGCAGCGGCUGAUUUUGACAGGCAGAUUGAUCGUACCUGUUACGUACUCUCGACUUGCAUGACUAAUUAAUCAAUACUGACAGAGACCGCUAUUCAUCCACGUUAGACGGUAAACAAGACCGACGUGAGGAUGCGAGAACGAUGACGUUAUAAGGGCGAACCCUAGCGCACUUCUACUUCGGUAUAAAUGAAGUUUCCAAGCAACCCCGAGAAGCAAUUACUGCAUCCUGAUGCUGAAAAGUACCAUCUGCAGAGGAAGCUGAAGCUAAGAGAAAUCACGACCAAGGCUGAAACUCCGAAGUGACCAGUCUUGGCUUCCUUGCUUUUAAAUAAAAGGUACUUUUAUUUAAAAGGAACUUAUCGAUACCAUGGGCAGCGUCAAAGUCCUAGCCGCCGCGUACUACCUGGGCGUCUCUAUCUCCGUGUUCAUUGUCAUCUGCCAGGGUCAGGCAGCAUCGGAAAACAAGCUAUCUUCACAAGAGGACACAUUUCAAACAGGAUAUUUCAGUAAGGACUUGGUGGAAGCACUUCAGGGGCUGGUGGAUGGAAAUAAGGACAACCGGAUAUCAUUACAGAAAAAAGCCAGCUUAAUUCCGUGGUGCGACGUGGGUGAGCGGUGCGCCAUGAAACACGGGCCCCGAAUCGGGAGACUCUGCGACUGUCUCAGAGGGACUGCUUGCAACACCUUCUUCCUCCGCUGUUAUUGAUUCGGGAGCAUUACAUUGAAAACCUCAAGUCGGUCAAAUUUUUUCCUGUAAAAGCGUAUGAUUCAGACACAUCGGACCAUUAUUGGAAACAACGAACGAUAUUUUGGAAACGUGUCUUGUUUGUUCCUGUGACUUUGUCUUAAAAUUGUCUGGUCGUCUGUAAUAUAGAACUUUAUCUGUGUAGUUAAUCUAUUUUUCGUCAAUAAAAUGUACAUAAAUCAUAA